UCUGAAAGAGAUCCGUUUGAAUAAACACAUCUCCUCCAAUAUUAAUCCCCUCAAGAGCUUCAUCAAAACCUGUAUUGAUAACAUCCCGCUAGAACACAAGCUGAUUAAGACCCCCUUUUAUUAUUGAAAUUUGUGUCUAGAUAUUAAUUUUGUAGCAAAAAUAUGUGUAUAUGUAUAUGUGAAUAAUUGCAAAAGACAAAAAAUACAAAUUUCUAGGUUAUGAUUCUGACCCUAUUACAUUAAUGACUAAUAUAAUAGAUUUUUCCUUGGGAAGUAAAAUUUUCCCUCAAUUUUUGGAAGACAAGGAGACAUUUUAGCAUUUUAGGGAAACACGUCCUCUUUUGACUAUUCGCUUACAAACAUUUGUAUUAACUAAAAUUCAAGAAUUGUGACCCUUGAUUAAUGUUGUUACCAAAUAUUAAACGACGGCACGAAAAACAGAAAAAUACCAGACUAAAUGCAAAUGACAGAUAAUAACGCGCAUUGAUUGAGACACAGAAAGAGACAAACAUUGAAUAUAAAACUGUCCGGUCUGAUUUUCAGAACAUUGUUUCUGAAGAAGCUAUCAUUAAAAAAAAACCAAAUCCAGUUAGCAAUUUGUGAGAUAAUCUGCAAUGUGCGUGAGCACAGUCGCAGCAUUAGUAGUAAUCCUAUCGUACCUCAAGUUUCAAGUCAAAGACAAGAUUCUUUGAAUUUCCAUAGUUUGUGUACAUUCAAAAAAUUUCCUUUUCAAAUGAAAAUGUAAUUGACAAUUUUUUCUGUUGCAUAAAAUUAUAAGAAUUUAGUAAGUAUUUAUUUAACAUAGCUUUAAUACUGAAUUUUGCACGCAAAACCCUCUUCUGUACUGUUCGCCUUAGCUAAGAAUUAUUUAAUCACGCUCAGGUAAUCAAAGUCAAUCCAUGCGAGUUUGCUUCCUGGAUAUUACAUGAUAAAGUCUCUGGUAGGGGUCCGCAAUAUCAAAGAAAUUCGCGCUUUUCUUCGCGAAGGAGAGAGAAAGUGCUAGGUAGGAACGUAAUACUCAUGCCUGUGCUUCAGCCCAGACACUCUUAACCCGCCGUUCACUCCAUUUACUUUACAGCGAAUUAUUAGUCAUGUUUAAGUUCAGUCACUUUUUGACAAUUAAUUUUAUACACUAUGUCCUCGCCAACAGUGUCGCCACCCCCGACAAAGUUCCUGCCGUAGAAUCGUUUACCACCACAGAAUCGAAUUACAUACCCCAAACGUAUUCUAGUGAUAGUGAUGUUAAUCGGACAGAUGUGUUGUUCACCAGUUUAUCCCAAGUGUUGAAUUUUUACGGCACGGACAUACUGGUGACGCAAUGGCCGAUAUUUAAGGCGGAAAUAUCCCCGUCGUGUAGGAAACAUCUAGAAUUGUACUUGGAGGGUCUAAAAAAAGCGGAUCAAUGGGCGCUCAAAAUGGACGAUGCUAGUGGUCGUUACACCACCGGUUGGUUCUGGGGCAACAACUAUUGGACGGGAUCGCAGAGUGAAUGCAACCACAUCGAACCCAGAUCCAACGGGGAUAUCGAGAUAGAGAAUAGAACAAGAGUUGCGAGAAGAGCCGCUGUAUCGGUGCAAAAACCUUCCAGUCCAAGCCAAGCAGUUGGAUACCGAACCGGUCCCAUGGUUUAUAAUUCUGCGCCUCCGUUUCCGGUAUCGUUCUUCAUUAUGAAGAUCCAUCUAAGCUCCAACUUCACUUCAGAGGAGAAAAUUCUGGACUUUGGACUAUGCUUGCCCAGAAUAUGUACCGACGAAGACGUCACCAAGAUAGUGGAGAAGACGUCUUCCGCUUCCAAAAAUGUCGAAGUUGAAGUGGUCGCUAUAAAAUCUCACUAUCAUAACUAUAAUAUUUGGCAAGACAACACGUUCAUAAUACUAUGCUGCACAACCAUCGUCAUCGCAUUCUUCUUAAUUACCGGAACAUCCUUUGACUACUACUUGGAAUACCAAAAGAAGAAAAAUUUAAUGACAUCCAACUUGUCUCCCCAUUUAAAUGGCUUCAACUCACCUAACGGAAAAUACGGGGUAUACGUUGUAAAUACAAAUCGUAGCAACGACGAUAAUAAUAACGGAAAUUUGCAAUCGCUAGACGCUAAAUCCGCUUCAGCAUCAUCACGUGAGCCUUUGGCAAGAUUAAUUUUGAGGGAACUGCUUCUCUCUUUUUCGAUAAGAGCCAAUUUGAAAACCAUUUGCGAUCAAUCCGUUGGCAGCGACACGAUUCCAGUUAUACACGGACUCAAGUCGAUCAGCAUGCUCUGGGUCAUUUUGGGGCACACUUGUAUCGUAGCAUUUAAAUACUCAGAUAAUAUGGAAUACCGAAAAGUCAUUCAGAAAGAUUUUAUGUUUCAAACUAUCUCAAACGGAGCGUUCAGCGUCGACACUUUCUUCUUCACCAGCGGACUGUUGGUUUCAUUUCUCUACUUUAGAACCAACGCUAAAGGCAAAUUGGACCCGCUAUCAAAGGGCAAAAACGGUUUUGUGGCCGGAUGUCUUCACUUUGCUGGAUUAAUGAUGUACAGAUUUGCCAGACUGACUGCACCUUACCUGUACACGCUCGGAAUCGUUGAAGUUGUAAUGAAGUGGUUCAAUUACAAUGCGGUAUUCGAGCCCCCAACUAACGACCACGAAAAUUGCCCAAAGUUUUGGUGGAGAAAUCUUCUGUAUAUUAAUACCCUAUUCCCCGUCAACGAAAUGUGUAUGCUUUGGAGUUGGUACUUGUCGGACGACACUCAAUUUUACACGGUUAGCGCGAUAAUGCUUAUAGUAGCAACGAGACAUUUUAAAGCCGCAGCUUGGAUGCUCUUGGUAUUCAUGCUGAGUUCUUGGGCGACCACAGGCUACAUCGCGUACAGUAACAGCCACAUGCCAGGAUCAGAUGACCCUUUAGCGCUUUUCGAUAAAAUUUAUGACAAACCAUGGACCAGGUUCGGUCCGUACCUAAUCGGGAUGUGCGUGGGCUGGUAUCUUUUUAAAAAAAACUGCAGAAUCAGGAUGUCCAAAGUUGUAGUAGUGAUUGGAUGGAUUCUAUCUAUUGGCUGCCUUAUAUCUUUGGUAUAUGGAUUAUACGACGUCAAAUUAUCACCAAUAAUUGCAGCAGCAUACAGUUCGUUGAGCCACUCAGCGUGGGCUUUUGGAUUAGCGUGGAUUGUCGUGGCUUGCGUCACGGGUUAUGGAGGUUUCGUAAAUAAAAUCUUAUCGGCGACGAUACUCUACCCAUUCAGCAGAGUUACAUACUGUGCAUACCUCAUCCACCCGAUAGCGAUAAGAGUGAUGGUUAUGAGUACCGAUAGCCCACUCCAUUUGGGUAGCUUCGUCACCAUAGUGAUUUUCAUGGGGCAAGUGGUGGUAUCAUACGCACUCUCGUUCGUUGUUUCGGUAGCCUUCGAGGCUCCUCUGGUAUCGAUGCUGAGAAUAUUCGCCAAAAUUGUGGCGAAUAGAAAAAAGCCCUGCGGCAUGCCAACCUAAAUUUAGCGUGUUGUAAAUUCGUGUAAAUAAUUUAUUCUGUAACUAUUUAUCUGCAUUUGUUGUCUUGCCAGUACAAACUGUUUGUGAAAUGAAAUUUAAAAAGCGGGUACGUGGCUGCAGUUAACUGCAUAACUCGUCGAACGUUUACACAGAUAAUUCAGGUGAUUUCGAAUUAAAAUAAUUUAUUGUCGUUUGCGCCUCGAAUUAUCGAUGAAGUCAAAUGUGAAAUUGUAUUAGGCUUAUUAAUAAUCUAGCAUUUUAUAGUCACUAUGUUAUCUUCUGUAAAUUGUUGUCGUACCCAGAUAAUAAUAGAG